AUGGAGGUUGCUGGAGUAGAAGGCUGUGAGGAGACGUCAACACAGAAGAUUUCUGUGUUGCUAAACAAUGUGGAGCUUUCACCUCAGCAGGCAGAAGACCAUCCAGAGCAGCAGACACCAGCUCAGAAAGAACGAAUUUUGAUGGCCAAUGAUAGAAAAUUCAAUGCUCUUUUUGACUAUCCGGACAACACCAUCAAGACCUCAAAAUAUAGUUUGUUUAACUUCCUGCCCAUAAACCUAUUUGAACAGUUCCAGAGACUUGCAAAUGCUUAUUUCCUUGUUUUACUGGUCCUACAGCUGAUUCCUCAGAUCUCCUCCCUGGUAUGGUACACAACUGUGAUACCCCUGAUCGUGGUACUGUCCAUAACAGGAGUGAAGGAUGCCAUCGAUGAUGUGAAAAGACACCAAAGUGACAAGCAAGUCAACAACCGCUCUGUUUUGGUGCUGGUGAGCGGCAGGUUUGAGGAGAACAAAUGGAUGAAUGUUCAAGUGGGAGAUAUAAUAAAACUAGAAAAUGACUGCCCUGUUACAGCAGAUGUACUGUUACUCUCUAGCAGUGAGCCGUACGGUCUGACAUACAUUGAAACAGCAGACCUCGAUGGUGAAACCAACCUGAAGGUGAAGCAGGCCAUCUCAGUUACCAGUGAUAUGGAGGAUAACCUGGAGCUGCUGUCUGCCUUUAAUGGAGAAGUUCGAUGUGAGCCUCCCAACAACAAGUUAGACAAGUUUUCCGGAACCCUGCACUAUCUGGGGGACAGCUACUUCCUGAACCAUGACCGGCUACUGCUCCGGGGAUGCAUCAUCAGGAACACGGAUUGGUGCUUUGGUUUGGUGAUUUAUACUGGGCCAGACACCAAAUUAAUGCAGAACAGUGGAAAGGCUACCUUCAAACGAACACAUAUGGACCAUCUUAUGAAUGUCAUUGUGGUCUGGAUUUUCCUGGUUUUAGGUGCAAUGUGCCUUCUGCUGUCCAUUGGACAUGGCAUUUGGGAGAGCAACAAAGGCUACUUCUUCCAGGAAUUUCUCCCAUGGCAACAUUAUAUUGCUUCAUCGGCUACAAGUUCUGCCCUCGUUUUCUGGUCCUACUUCAUAGUCCUCAACACCAUGGUUCCCAUUUCCCUCUAUGUCAGUGUUGAAAUAAUAAGACUGGGCAACAGUUACUAUAUCAACUGGGAUCGGCAGAUGUUUUAUGCACCAAAGAACAUCCCAGCACAGGCUCGCACCACCACUCUUAAUGAAGAACUCGGCCAAGUUAAGUAUGUGUUCUCUGACAAGACAGGAACUCUGACUGAGAAUGUGAUGGUUUUCAACAAAUGCUCUAUCAAUGGGAAGACCUACGGUUAUUGCUAUGACGUCAAUGGACAGUGUGUUCCAGGAUCUCCAAAUAACAAGGUCGACUUCUCCUACAACCACCUGGCCGACCCUAAGUUUUCGUUCUACGAUAAUUCCUUGGUGGAAGCCGUGAAGAGCGGGGACCACUUUGUGUGCUUGUUCUUCCGCUGCCUGUCAUUGUGCCACACGGUGAUGUCCGAAGAGAAGAUGGAAGGUAAGCUGAUGUACCAAGCUCAGUCACCAGAUGAAGGUGCCCUGGUCACUGCCACUAGGAAUUUUGGCUUUGUGUUCUGUUCCCGCACAUCUGAAACAAUCACAGUGAUCGAAAUGGGGAAGAUCCGAGUUUACCAGUUGCUGGCUAUUUUGGACUUCAGCAAUGAGCGCAAGAGGAUGUCUGUUGUUGUUCGGACACCUGAAGAUCGGGUCAUGUUGUUCUGCAAGGGAGCAGACAGCAUCAUAUAUGAGCUGCUCCAUCCAUCCUGUGCAUCCCUUAGUGAGGUGACCAUGGAUCACUUGGAUGAUUUUGCCAGUGAAGGCCUCCGCACCCUCAUGAUAGCUUACCGAGAGCUCGAUAAUGCAUUUUUCCAGACAUGGAUUAAAAAGCACACUGAAGCCUGCCUGACUUUGGAGGAUCGAGAAAGAAAACUAACUAUGGUCUAUGAAGAAGUUGAAAGAGACUUGAUAUUACUAGGGGCCACAGCCAUAGAAGACAAGCUUCAAAUCGGAGUGCCUGAGACAAUCGUCACCCUGAGCAAAGCCAAAAUUAAAGUGUGGGUUCUGACUGGUGAUAAGCAAGAGACUGCUGUGAACAUCGCCUACUCCUGCAGGAUAUUCAAGGAGGAAAUGGAUGGGAUUUUCACGGUGGAAGGCACAGAUAGGGAAACUGUUCUGGAAGAACUCAGGACUGCAAGAAAGAAGAUGAAGCCUGAGUCUCUGCUGGAAUCAGAUCCUAUAAACAUUUGUCUUGCCAGGAAACCCAAAUUUCCCUUCAAAAUAAUUGACGAGGUGCCCAAUGGCAACUAUGGCUUGGUCAUCAAUGGAUACAGUCUGGCCUAUGCUCUAGAAGGGAACAUGGAGUUGGAGCUGCUGCGAACAGCAUGCAUGUGCAAGGGGGUCAUCUGCUGCCGAAUGACACCCCUUCAGAAGGCCCAAGUGGUAGACCUGGUGAAGAGGUACAAGAAGGCGGUGACACUGGCCAUCGGGGAUGGGGCCAAUGACAUCGGCAUGAUCAAAGCUGCCCAUAUUGGGGUUGGCAUCAGCGGCCAUGAAGGGAUGCAGGCCAUGCUCAACAGUGACUUUUCCUUCUGCCAGUUCCGCUAUCUUCAGCGCCUACUCUUGUUACAUGGCCGCUGGUCUUACAAUCGCAUGUGCAAGUUUCUCAGCUACUUCUUUUACAAAAACUUUGCCUUUACACUGGUGCACUUCUGGUAUGCCUUCUACAAUGGCUUCUCUGCACAGACAGUGUACGAUACUUGGUUUAUCACCUGCUACAAUCUGGUCUACACUUCUCUCCCUGUCCUCGGCUUGAGUCUAUUUGAAAAGGAUGUCAAUGAAACGUGGAGUCUAUAUUACCCAGAGCUGUAUGAGCCAGGACAGCACAACCUGUAUUUCAACAAGAAGGAAUUCAUGAAAUGUUUAAUGCAUGGCAUCUACAGUUCCUUUGUGCUAUUCUUUGUUCCCAUGGGCACCAUCUUCAACUCAGAACGCAGUGAUGGAAAGGACAUCUCUGACUUCCAGUCUUUCUCGCUGCUAGUGCAGUCCACCUUGAUCUGGGUGAUGACAGUGGAGAUCGCCCUGAGGACAAACUCCUGGACCCUGAUAAGCCAUGCCUUCACCUGGGGUAGCCUGGGUCUCUACUUUUGCGUCUUACUCUUCCUGUGUAGUGAUGGCUUGUGUCUAAUGUUCCCCAGCACCUUCUAUUUCCUAGGUGUGGCCAGGAACAACCUUAAGCAGCCACAUAUGUGGCUCUGUCUUAUACUCAGCACCGUCCUCUGUAUGAUCCCUGUGAUUGGAUACAACUUCCUCAAGCCACUCCUCUGGCCUGUCAAUGUGGACAAGGUUCUGAACAGGAUUCACUUUUGCUUGAAGCAUCCGCUGCCACCCCCAGUCCAGACCAAAGUAAAACACCCAGGCCUUCGACGCUCUGCCUAUGCGUUCUCCCACCAACAGGGCUUUGGGGACCUCAUCACGUCUGGAAAGACGCUGAAGUCCAGUACCCUCAAAAUCAACAAGAGGAUCUUGUAAAAACUAGAGGCCUUUAGGAAAACUCUCAGUCAGUCAACCAUCGCUUUUCCUCCCUUUUAUUUAUGUGACUUAGUUAAAAGGGGUUGGGGUCUUGAGGAACCAGCAUAAUCGUACUCCCAGGGCUUCGGCUUCUUCAUUUCCCCAGAAAGCGGUACCCAGGGAAGUCAAGGAAAUAGAUAACAGCCCCUAGGUAUCAGCCAGAGUUACAGCAUUUCAAGAAAAAGCAAAUUCAAGUCUCCCAUCCUUCCAUGUCAUA